UGUUGGUAGCUCUGCAGAAAUGUAAGAUGGCUGAAAAAGAAAAUAUGACAGACGAAGUGGAAGCCCAGUCUGUUGUAUGUGAUAAUUCGAUAUUUAACUCCACACUCUCGCCCAAGACGUCGCACAGUGUUGAAGGAUUGUCGUCAGAACUGAAGGAACCGUCACCCAACGACACGGCUCGAUCAAAGAAUGGCACAUCGCAGCUUAACUUCCAAGAAAAAAGGCAGAUUAUUGCCUCGUCGUUAUCUCUCACCGACUUUAUCUCGGCCAGGAGCAAAUCAAACACCAGCACUCCUGAGAAUAAAAAGAUGAAUGGCGGAGGUCCCGUGAGGACGGGCAGCUUAGGCAGCGCGAAAGCUAGGACGCCGCCGGUAGAAAGAAAAUCGAAAUUGUCCGCGUUGGGCAGACUUUUCAAACCAUGGAAGUGGCGGAGGAGAAAGCGGUCAGAAAAGUUCGAGGCCACAUCCAAAAGUUUGGAACGGAAAAUGUCUAUGAGGGCACACAGAGAAGAAUUAGUGCAAAAAGGCAUUUUACUUCCAGACAGCUCUCUCGACACAAUCGAUGCAUCAACUGAAGAUGCUCACAAGCAAAUCAAAGCGGAAGACGCCCCCGAGGCCUUGGAGGAUUCGUCCUCCACAGGGCCAAGUCAGCUGCCCGACAGCAACAUUCCAGACGUGAUGCCGACCUUAAUGUCGGAAGGCGGCAUGGCCGAGCGGCCGCGCACGCUGCAUGUGACACCGGCGCUGAAAGCCAACCGGAAGGCCUUUGAAAUGGCCGCCGAGUCGGCGGCCGCAGCUGGCCAUAACAGCUACCCUGCCUCGCCGAGCAACCCCACUGUUACCACUGUGAUGCAAACGAGGGGCGGCUCCCUCAACAGAGGAACCUAUGGCUUGGCGUCGAUCGCCUUUGAGGCGGCCGCCGCGGCCAACAAGGCGGCCGCCGCCUACGCCGCUAAUCACCAACAUCAUCAGCAGCAACAGCUGCCCCCCAUGAUGCCGUCAGUAUCAAACCUGAAGCCUCCUUCAACCCCACCGCCGAUGAGCUACAAUCAUGCUUACCUCACCUUGUCCCAGCUACCUGAGCCGCCGAUCCCCAUCAUGGAGGUGGGUCUGAUCCCGCCGCCCGCCAUGUUUUCGUCAAACAGUGAUACCCCGGAGACCAUCUCCGAGGAGCCGAUGAGACCCCUCGGGCCCAACAACGGCAUCUACACAAUGGAACCCAUUAACUUCGCAGAAUAUUACGAAGAAGACUCUGAACCUAAUUCUGACGAUUCAGACAAGGGUGGGACGGCUGUGGAUGAGGAAGAGGAGACAGAGAACGAAAGGGAGAUGGUGGCAGCUAGGAUAGGUCUCAUUAGUAGUGCAAGCAUGUUCCACCCAAUGCAGCCGAUGCUUGACACGUCAAAAGUGGAGGAAGUACCUGCAAAGGAGCCAAGGUUCCAUCUUUUACCUAUUAAGUCUGCACUCAAGUCGAAAGACAGGCCGCAGUCUGCAGUGAUUGUCGCUAACUCAUCAGGAAAUGCUGUGGUAGACGCUAAGGAUAGCAGAAAUAGCAAUCUUAUCAGAAGGCCAAGACUGAGGAUAAGGAUUCCAAAUUUCAGUGGUGGCAUCCGCGUGAUGCGUUCGAUAACGUCGGACAAGGAGAAUGCCCGGCCCACCCAGGUGACUGUGACCCAGACAACUCAGCAGCAGUUGCAAUUUAUGCUCGCCCCCUCGAACGACUCGGACUCGGACAGCAGCGGGGACGACCACCUUCUCAACAAUAGGUUAAGCGUUAGGGUUGCGAGGAAGGAUAGUCUAGCACUGAAGAUUGCCAUGCGGCCGUCAAGACAAGAACUGAUCGACAGGAACAUAAUCCCCUGCACCAGCGAGUUCGAGAGGCAAAUGAAUAAGGAGGCUGUCGGUGCCAGGCUCAUCAGGCGGCUCAGCAUGCGACCGACGCAAGAGGAACUGGAGGAGAGGAACAUACUGAAAAAACAAUCCCCUGCUGAGGAAAAACAGCAAAAAGAGGAGAAGAAAAGAGUGUUAUUACGAAAACUGUCCUUCCGGCCCACGGUUGAAGAGCUCAAGGAAAAGAAGAUUAUAAGGUUCAACGACUAUAUUGAAGUCACUUGCGCGCAAGACUACGACAGGCGGGCUGACAAACCUUGGACCCGUCUGACGCCCAAGGACAAGGCAGCUAUCAGGAAAGAGCUCAACGAGUUUAAGUCUUCCGAAAUGGAAGUGCAUGCGCAAAGCAAGCACUUGACAAGGUAUCACAGGCCAUGACACGUAGAAGCAUUAAGUUGUCUACUUGAUUUGCACCUGGUCACGCCUUUGAAAAACCAAAUGCAGCGUUAAGUGAUUUUGAGUUUCCCACCCGCGAAAUUAUUUGUCUUUGGUCGGGAAGUGAACUGCGGAAUCAACACCACUCAUUGUGUCAAGUCGAUUAGGCCUUGAAUCAAGCAAUACCUCCUGUUGAUUCGUUAACUGCAUUUUAGUGCUGCAUUUUUUGAUACGGUCACCGUUGUCAUCAGUCAGUUACCAAAACAGCUGUCUUACUUUCGCCACAAGUGAGCAAACUCUCGUUUUUUGUGUUCCCAGUCAAGAGUAAUUUGCAGGCUGCUUUUUAGACGGUAAUAUUGAUUAACCCGUUGCAUCUCAAUUUUGUGCCGCACUCACCCCGGCAGAGGCGAGAAAUUCGGUUAAAAACAUUACGAAAAACAGGUAGGAGCUACUAUUCAACAGUUCUAAGUGCCAAAGAUUUAGCUCUUGUGUGAAUGAUUGUCUGUCCGUACUAUUUGUUUGGGUGCCAUUCAUUUUCCACUUCAUACUCCUCUUUGGUGUGUAAAUCCAAAGUAAAUUUUGUACAUAGAUCGACAGAACACAAACAUAAAAUAUACGUAGCGAUCCGCAAUUGCUCGUAAUAUUGAUAAAUGUUAAUUUUGGAGACUGAAAGUUGGUUAACAAUUAGUGCAUCCUCCCGCAAUUGAGUUUUAUGCAAUGCCAAGUGUUCACGAACUGAAAAUUGAUCGGAUCGAAAAAUGCGGAAAUUCUUCUUGUCUUUUGUUACGCUUUGAAGCCCGCCGAGGAAACAUGAAGUCAAGCAGUGAAAUUUCGUAGAUUUUUUAGACUUGAUGUUAAUGUUGCGAUCCGAUUGAAAUCAAAAAGCGCACUGCAAAACUAAUUCAUCUUUGUUCGCACCACAUACUCAAUUAUUUAAUUCGCGUCGGAAGGGAUAAGGCACGUUGGGGUGGUUUCUUUGAAUCAGCCAAAAGAGAUUUUUAACCGGUUGAAUUUUGGGUCGCUGUGCGAUCGGAAUUCGGAUUCAUUGGUACUCAAUUUUUUAACGAAAUGAAUUUUGAAAUGAGACUGGUGCCUGAUUUCUGUCUCAGAAACCCCUUCUUAGAGAGUUAGAAACAUAAUAUGCACACGAUAGCAACACUUAAAUUGCCGUUUUUUUAAUUCUGAAUUAAAUGUUUCCCAUUGAGUAUUAUUGAUAAUUUUAGUUUCAUGAUUUGCUCAAUUUUUGUUUUGAAUUUGUCUUGGCGAAAGUCUGGUUGAAGUAUUUAAAGGUGAACAGUAUUUCACACGGAUUUGUAUUUUAUUUGAAGAGUUUCUUGUUGUCUCUUAUAAAAUUUUAUCACCUAAGAAACAACAAACGAUUUCUAUACAACAUCGGCACUAAAAAUUGGGGUGUUUCGAGAAAUGGAAUGCUUGGAUUUUUACCUCUUUGUAUUUAUUGCAUAAAUAGUUAAUAAAAUGCUAUGGUUUGUAUAAUUUAGCGUGCGCGCAAAUCUCUUCACUCAGUUAAGUUCGCUUUUUAGUCCGGAAAUGAGACAAGUUGGGAAAUGAAAAAAAAAUGUCGAGGGAACUGUGGAGAGAGAUAUUUGAUUAAUUUUGAUGGCUUGUCAUGCGUAUAUUAUGUGUGAGGUCAUUUACAAAGAUAAUAAGAACUCAUUAUGCAGUGUAUAGUGUAUAAUACAAGGUAUAUUGUAAGAAAAGGAAAUUUCAAGUGAAACAAGAAUACAAGUGGAAAUCACAAAUUGUGCAUAAAUUGAUAAAUAUACCAGGAAAUAAUAAAAGUAAUAUACGAAUAACAAAAUCCUUUACAAUACAAAACAAAA